AUGGAGAAGGUUGUUGAUGCUUGUGGUACUAAGCUCAAGAGAAAGGGCACUGUCACUUGUACUAAAUGUUGGCAACAAGGCCACAACAAAAGUAAUUGUGCCAACCACAAGACCCUCCCCCUGGAACUUAUAUUGACAAAAGAUGUUCUGGUGCUACAAACGUGGCCAAUACUUCUUCUCUUAUGCCCACUCCAAGGCAAAAGCUUCCAGUAA